UUUUUUAUUGGACUGGUCUCUGUUUGUAAACAGAACUUUACAAUUUUCGAGUAAAUAGGAUACCUGCUUCACUACAAGCAGGAUUUAAUUUAAAUUACGACAAAUUACGAUUUGCUAAUUUACGAGAUAAGGACUACUGGCUCAUCAAAUUCGCAAAAUCCAGGUUUGGUUCUGGUUGGAAUAAUAGUUUUUCAAGAUUCCUGAAUAAAAAUGAAUUCUACAUAUCAUCAUCAGAGAGAAAUCUUGAGCUUGAAAUCACGUGCCCUUACCAUUCUUGUGGAUAAUUACACGACCAUAUUUCAAAAUAUUGACCAUCACAAACUUCGGACUCUGAUACCGAAACCAUUCCUGAAGGAGAUCUUUUCCCGUCUUGCAUUCAAAGGGAUUCUUGAAGGCCCACUAUUUCGCCUGUUGGACCAAAGGGCGACCAUAAUUGACCUCAAAUCCAUAAGGAACUUUAAUAAUGCUGCUUGUUCCGUACUAAAGAACUUUUCAAAUUUAAGGACUCUUUAUCUCGACGAGGUUUGCGCAGAUUCAGAAUCAUUAUGCGACUUAUUUUCGACAAUGUACAAACUCUCGAUCCUCGAAAUCACGAAAUCUCCAAGUUUCAAUGAUUCUGUCGCCAAAGUUAUGAGCGAAUCUUGUCCCUGUUUAAGAGUACUGAAUGCCAAUCGUACCGGGUUGGGGGAUGAGGGAUUGAUAGCGUUCGGACAAAAUUCUUUGACCUUCGUGGCAUUAGAUAUUAGCAAUACAAGUGUUUCAUAUGCAGGGAUUCAAGGUCUCCUCUCCAGUCCGACCAAGGGGACCCUGAAGGAGCUAAAGUGUCGAGGAACCAAAGUAAAUAAUCGUGAGGACAUAUUGACAAUAAUCAUGGGAUUCCAACCACUGGAAGAAUAUACUUUUGAUUUCGCCUCUAGUGAUGACGCAACCUGGGUUAUGUCUCGAGUCACGAAACGACCGAAAAAUUGUUACUUCUCUGUAGAAAUUUAAGUAAUUGCUGGAACAAACCAAUUAAGAGUAAAUUAUCUAAUCAAUGAUUAGUAAUCAUAAAUGUGUCCCAUAUGAUCUCAUGUUCGCUAUCGUCGCUAAUUUUUAUAAUAAAGGUCCCAUCGAACCUCAGGACAUGAAUCAUA